UGUCAACACAACAAAAGCAAGGCUCCAAGCGCCCGUGGUGGUCCCGCUGAACGUUUGUCCGCAAGAAGCUACAAUGCAAGCAGUGCAGCGGAGCAAGAGGCUGUGCAAACCUCUCUUCCUCGCAUCAACUUCCUCCCUUCGACUUUCAUCCGACCUUGGCAUUUCUUCAUCAUCAAUCUUCUCUUCUGCCUUUUCUGUCCUGCCUCCAUCGUCGUCGAAUUCUCAACCUUCUCCAGUUUCUGCUUCCUCUCUGGCCACCAGUCGCACCAUCAGGGCUUCAUCUACUGUCAACUUACUUAACUCUCCAUGGUCCGCCAUUCAGUGUCGGUGGAUGAAAGUCUCCGGUUCUGAUGUCAGAGUUGGAAAUAUCAUUGAAAAACAAGGGCGGAUAUAUGAGGUCCUUAAAGUAGAUCACUCUCAUGAAGGAAGAGGAAAAGCCACAAUCAAGGUGGAACUUCGUGACAUUGGUUAUGGAAACAAGGUAACCCAACGGUUUGGCACAGAUGAGGAUGUUGAAAGAGUCUUUGUGCAGGAAAAAAAUUUCAUGUAUAUGUGCAUGGAUCUUGAUGGCACAGUACUGUUGAUGGACCCUGAUACAUUGGAUCAAGUGGAGUUGUCUAGAGACUUGUUUGGCAAGAAUGCUGCAUAUCUACGAGAUGAAAUGAAAGUUAAGGUGCAGUUUUAUGAUGACAAACCAUUAUCUGCAUCUGUUCCCAAGCGUGUAACAUGUACUGUAAAGGAAGAGAUUGCAGCCACACCACGGAAUAAAAAAGUAGCACUGGACAAUGGCAUUAUAGUUGAAGUGCCUCCCCACGUUGUGGUUGGUGAUGCAAUAGUUGUUAAUACAGAGGAUGACUAUUACAUGGAAAGGGCCAAAGCAUAGCUCGUCUUGAUACGGGAUUUGAGCAGUACAAACAUCCAAGGCUAAUGUUUGUCACGAGAACUGAGUCAUCCCUGAUUCUUCUACGCAGUUUCUGUGUUCGUUGAUGAAAAGUUCCUUUGUUUUAUUGGUGGAAGUUGAAUUUAUUUGACAGAUAGAUAUGGGCAUAAGAUGAGCGUUUUGAUUACACUGAUAGUACUGAGAGCCCAUUGAAAGGAAAAUUAUAGAUAUCCGGAUUAUUUGGAGUUCAGUCAAAUGGCAGGAUGAUAUGCUUGUUUUCCGAACGCUAAUAGAUGAUGAUUGUGUGUGACAUUUAUUCAGUAAAACUGCAGCUUGGUCUCA